AUGCUUUUCCGCAAUUUAAUACCCGCAGCCAUUGCGCUGCUGCCCGCAAUUGCCUCGGCAUCGGCCGUCAUCGACCUCACACCCUCCAACUUCGACGAUGUCGUUCUUAAGUCCGGCAAGCCCGCCCUCGUAGAGUUCUUCGCGCCCUGGUGCGGCCACUGCAAGAACCUCGCCCCCGUCUACGAUGAGCUCGCUGGCGUCUUCCAGCACGCUGGAGACAAGGUCAGCGUCGCAAAGGUCGACGCUGAUGCUCACAAGGCGCUCGGCAAGCGUUUCGGUGUCUCAGGCUUCCCUACCCUCAAGUGGUUCGACGGAAAGAGCGACAAGCCUACGGAUUACAGCGGCGGACGCGACCUCGAGAGCUUGAGCAAGUUCAUUACCGAGAAGAGCUCUGUCAAGCCUAAGGUCAAGGGCAAGCUGCCUAGCCAGGUCGUCUACUUGGACGACAAGACCUUCAAGGAGAAGGUUGGAAAGGACCAGGAUGUGCUUGUUGCCUUCACUGCCCCAUGGUGCGGACACUGCAAGACCCUCGCCCCCGUCUGGGAGACGCUCGCCAACGACUUCGUUACCGAACCCGGUGUCUUGAUCGCCAAGGUCGACGCUGAAGCUGAGAACUCCAAGGCCCUCGCACAGGAGCAAGGCGUGUCGUCCUACCCGACCAUCAAAUACUUCCCCAAGGGCUCCACCGAGCCUCUCCCCUAUAACGGCGCCCGCGCCGAGAAGGACUUCGUCGACUUCAUCAACGCCAACGCCGGUACCCACCGCGCUGUAGGUGGUGGUCUCGACGCCACUGGUGGCACCAUUGAGGCCUUCAACACCCUCAUUGAGAAGUUCCAGGGCUCGUGGGCCGGCGGUGCUGAGGAGGCCAAGACCCUCGCCGGUACUCUGCAGGACAAGUACGCCGAAUACUACGUCAAGGUCUUCAACAAGAUCGGUGCCAACCAGGAGUACGCUGCGAAGGAGCUCAAGCGUCUGCAGGGACUCAUUGCCAAGGGCAACCUGGCACCCGAGAAGAUGGAUGACUUGAUGAGCAGGAGCAACAUUCUGAGGAAGUUCAUGGGUGAUGCUGAGGAGGAGAAGUCGGAGUUGUAG